GAUUCUAGGCGCUAGCGGUUCUCCAAAGAUAACAUACCGUCAAGUAUUAGGCAACGGCAAUCGUCGCGUGCGUUUUAACCAAAUAUUAAAUCGAAAACACCUGGAAAAACGGUUGAGAAAAAGUGAAUUUUAAGUUUUGGAAAAGAAGAAAUUCCAAAAGCAAGCAGCAGUUAUAAAAAAGAUAAUUGCUCAGCAUCUAGUUUCUCAGCGAGGACAAAUAAACCCAAGAAAAGAAACCAUAAGAAAUGGACUCUGCCGCCGCCGCCGCCGCCAAGCGCGUCCAAAUCGAGAAGGCCCACAACUUUAUGCGCCAGUAUCGCGAUCCCGAGUCCAGGGAACUCAAGAAGCUGUCGGCCAACCAGUUCAUGGAUGUCUGGGCGCACUACGACAAAGAUGGAAAUGGCUACAUUGAGGGCACCGAGCUGGACGGAUUCCUGCGGGAGUUCGUGUCGAGUGCCAAUGCCACAGACAUUAGUCCGGAGGCUGUAACGGACACCAUGCUCGAGGAGCUGAAGUCCUGCUUCAUGGAGGCCUACGAUGACAAUCAGGAUGGUAAAAUCGAUAUCAGAGAGCUGGCUCAACUUUUGCCCAUGGAGGAGAAUUUCCUUUUGCUCUUCCGCUUCGAUAAUCCUCUGGAAUCUAGCGUUGAAUUCAUGAAGAUAUGGCGCGAAUACGACACCGACAAUUCGGGUUACAUUGAAGCGGAUGAGCUGAAGAAUUUCUUGCGUGAUUUGCUCAAAGAGGCCAAAAAGAUCAACGAUGUGUCCGAGGACAAGCUCAUUGAGUACACCGAUACUAUGCUCCAAGUAUUCGAUGCCAACAAGGACGGACGUCUGCAGCUGUCGGAAAUGGCCAAAUUGCUUCCGGUUAAAGAGAACUUCCUGUGCCGCCAAGUGUUUAAGGAGGGCAUUGACGGCGCCACAAAGUUGACCAAAGAGGAUAUUGAAAAGGUAUUCUCGCUCUACGACCGUGACAAUAGCGGCACCAUUGAAAACGAGGAGCUCAAGGGCUUCUUGAAGGACCUUUUGGAGUUGGUCAAGAAGGACGACUAUGAUGCCCAGGAUCUGGCCGCUUUCGAGGAGACCAUCAUGCGGGGAGUUGGCACUGACAAGCAUGGAAAGAUCUCCCGGAAAGAACUGACCAUGAUCCUGCUGACACUGGCCAAAAUAUCGCCCGACGAGGAGGAGUAAGCCGGAUGUUCGCGAACAUACCACAAAGAGAUUUUAGCCAACUCUAUUUUUGUCACCCGAACGCGGGAAAUCCAGAAAUGAGGCCAAAAUGGGCUUCUAGGCAAUUGUUUACUUUAGAGCUGCAUUAAAUGGGGCAGCAAAUAAA